AUGGAGUCAACCGCGUCCUUCACACUCGACGCGCCGACAGUCCUGUGUCUCGUGUUCUCACUUUCUAUGAUGCCAAUCGCCUACUUUCUGAGCAGGAAUCUUGUGCCAGCACAUAGGACACGUGAUCGCAUCCUCUUCUUCUGGCACGCGUAUGAUGCCCUUACUCACCUCUUCAUUGAGGGUUCCUGGCUCUAUGAAUGCUUCUUCAGCUACAUCACUGUCGCCGACAAUCAUAAUGUGGGGCCCUUCUUCCUCAACGACCCAACCCGUAUAUAUGGUCCUGUCUACGGGACUAGACCUAGCUCGCGUUUGUGGCAGGAAUACGCAAAGGCUGAUCGCCGCUGGGCUGGCGCUGAUUUGACUGUCGUUUCGCUGGAGUUAUUGACUGUAUUCCUCGGGGGUCCAGCUGCGAUAUACAUCUGCUAUCUGCUGUGCCGGUCGUCGAAUGAGAAGAUCAGUGCCAAGUCCCGUGGUGGGGUCAAGGCGACGCUGUGGCUGGUUUCAGCUAUGCUUGCUACAGCCGAGUUGUAUGGUGGAUUCAUGACCUUUGCACCGGAGUGGCUGACGGGAAGCUCGCAGCUGGCUACUGAGGAUCCGGUUUACCUUUGGCUAUACUUGUUCUUCUUCAAUACCCUCUGGGUCUUUAUCCCUCUGUGGGUGUUGUGGGAGGCGGCGAAAGAGCUACGCAAUGCCUUUGUGGUAGCGGAGGCUCAGAAUGAGAGGAAGACUCAGUGA